UGCACAACUCUAUGCACAUUUGCAACAAGAGAAAUCGUUGUUUUUGGUGAAUUCAGAAUACAUUUCCUACUUCUUAUAGAAAAGAUUUGUUUAUACGAUGGAGGAUAUUGACGAAGGACCGUCGAUUGUGGUGGAGUCAGGUUCUGAGGAUCAAAAUAAUGAAGGGGGCGUCGAGGAUGACAGGCAGUCGGCCGUCCCGAGCGAAGCCCUGGCGGCGGUCGAGGAGAUGAUGGAAGAGAUGGACCAAAUCACGGUGGAACCUCCAAAGAUUGAUUUCAUACCCACUGUUGCUCCCAUUGAUGAGAACCAACCAUUCACGUACAAAGAAAACAGCAUCAAAGAGAAACUUGUUCUACAGUUUGCCGAAAACUUCCGCCGUCAAUACGUUCACCUGUACAGAGACAGAAAGCCGCUUCUACUCAAUCCUCUUAACGAAUGCGGAGUCGAGAAGUUUGUCUGCACCACCAUUCGGCCAACCCAGUUGCCGUAUAAUGAAUUAUAUGACUACGACGGAUGCGCUGAAUUCGUGUCUGAUUAUAUCACCUUUGAUCCGCUUGUGCCUCCAAUAGAGCUGCCCAAAGCAAUGAUUUCACCAACCAGAGUUCUAAAGACGCAGAGAGGCAACUGCUUCGAGAUCAGUACAUUAUUGUGUUCGCUCUUACUGGGCUCUGGAUACGACGCAUACGUUGUGUGCGGCUAUGCUACCAGAGAGACCACACUCUGUGAUGAAGUCAGAGAGAUAUGCCCUCUGCUCAAGACCAAAAAUGAGGUCAAGAAGACAGAACAGAAAAAAGAGGCCAAGAAGUACACAGUAAAACCUCCCAAGGACCUACGCAGUAAGUUUAUCUUAAAGCAGGAAGCGAGAGAGGUUGAGGCUCAGCAGAAGGAAGAGGAGAAAAGACGCAAGGAGGAGGAGAUCAAACAAGAGGAACUUGAGAAGCCACCUGUAGAUGAACUGUUCGGCCUUCGUGUGCACUGCUGGGUCUUGGUCUUAGCCGGUAAGCGUGAGGUCCCAGAGAACUUCUUCAUGGAACCUCUAACCGGGAACUCUUUUCCCACCAGUGAUGAAUCCUUCCUUGGGAUCGAGUCAUUGUGGAAUAAUAACAACUACUGGGUCAACAUGCAGGAUUGCUCCAAUGGCUGCAGGGAUCUGAUCUUUGACCUUGGGGAUUGUGCUCGAUGGGAAUUCAUGCUGCCAACUAAUGAGAAGCCAGUCUUGGAGAUCCCAGAACUUGAAAUGGACGGCUUGGAUCUGGAAGACGAUGAGGAUGACGAUAAAGAAGAAGAGAAGAGCCUGGACAUGCCCCCGUCCUGGGUGAGUGCCCUGGAGCUAUCCCUCAAUGACUUCCAGUCCAGAUGCCCCCAGGGCAAGAAGACGCUGAUGUACAAGAGAGCCAAACUAGAGAAGUUUGCUCACUACCUCCUCAGGGAUGGAAUGGUCACCAGGCUAUCCAUCUUUCAGGAUAGAGAAUUGAAGGAUCUGAUUCAAGUGAAGGAAUGGUUCUCUCAUCGGAAAGACAUGUUGGACCUCAGGGUUCAUAAUCACCGUACAGGAGUCAAUACUGAGUACUACAAGCAGGGCAGACAGAGGCACCUUAAAGAGCAUACCUACAAAGCUGGCAAUCCAGGUGCUGAGACUGACCGCACCAUGAUAUUCCACCAUCAUGCUCGAGUGGACGGCUUGGUGAAGCGCGGAGAGACUCCGUUGGAAAUGACCGAACACUUCUUAGAACGAGACGACUUCCAAUAUUACAGACACGUCCAGUAUGGGAAGAGACAGCGAAAGUUGGAGCCCGCAAGUACCCUGCCCAGCUCAAACCCAAGACCAAUUCUGAAAAUUGUUGAUCGUUUCCACCGGAACACAGCCAAGUCCGCCUCGGAGGAUGUCGCUGAGCUUGUCUUUCUGAUUGCAGAGGAUCGAAUCCAGUUAACAUUCCACCAUCAAGAUGAUAAGAUCACCGCCUCCACAAGAGACUUCAUCAAACCACCCAACGCUAGUGACAAGGGAACUAUAUUGCAAUUCUCUCCAGAUAUAACCUCCACUUUCCAGGUUGAUCCUCAUCAGAAGACGGCCAAGGACCUCUACGUCUACAAUCUGCUGGUGUCACUCGUUGAUCAGGAAGAUAAGACAAUCGCAAGUGUGCGAGAGUCGGAAGAAGAGGUCAGGGAAAUUUUGAAUGACAGAAUAAGUGAAGAAACACGGUCAGAACUAGACAUCUCUGUUUACGACACAGAACGCAAUGAGAAAGCUAAACAGCACAGAGUGGAAAGAGAACGUCUUCAGAUGGAAGAGAAGAAACGUCGGGAGGAGAUGGAGCUGGACUACCUGGCGCCAUUCUUAGCCCAGAUUGGGGAUCCAGAGAAACUAAUGAGACAGCAAGCGUUGAAGCUGAAAGAAGACUGUUUAGCUGAUCUCAAACAGAGACUUAUUGAUAAGGCUAACCUCAUCCAGGCACGCUUUGAAAAGGAGACCGCCGAGCUGCAGAAGAAGCAGAACUGGUACCAGCAGAACCAGGUGAACAUGCACAAGGAUGAUGAGGAAGAGUACCUAGCCUUCUGUAGUGAAGCAAUGUUUAGAAUUCACAUCCUGGAGCUCAGACUAAACAGGCACAAGGAGAAUGCUCCUCACAAAUACAUGGCUUUAGAACAAAGACUAAGGACAGACACCAGACUAUCAGAUCACUUCUAAGCAUCAAGGGAUUCCAAAACUGUAAGAUCAUUACAAUGAUGCAUCAAUCAUCCUCAAGAUAUUGCCUGUGUGUAAUAAUGUCAAUAUAAGUGUCAUAUAGACUGUUCCCAUUUGACAUAAAAAAGUGCAAAGUCGGCCAUUUUAACGGGUAAUGAUAAUCGUUUUAUGAAUUAUUGCUGUCCUCUGAUAACAACCAUUCACGUUCCUGUUGUAUAAAGUUAAUUUGGCCAGACCCAGCUCUUGAUAUAACGAGAGUCGACUGUAUACAACUGAUCAGAUGAUUAACUAUGUACAGUGUGAAAAUCUUCCAGUUCCUUAAAGGCCGGUGUAUAGUCGGUCGCGCGAUGGUCGCGUGAUGGAAAUCUUGCGCGCAAUCCUAAGAUUGAGGCCU